GUCGCCGGGCGGCGCAGCAGCCGGCGGCCGAGGGGAGGCCGAGAUUUCCUCUUUGGAGGCGCCGAAUCCCAGUCGUAACUCGAGGGCGUUUCCAACACAUAAAUAGUUUGCUAGCAUGCAGACAAGUGUCCAGUAGCCUUUGUGCCAUUUGAGGCGUAAUGGAGAUAGCUUUUCUCAUGUUGUUGGUUCUUUCUCUGCUUCUGUUCCCUAAUGGCAUCUGCAAGAGUUUAGCCACACGGCCUCCUGUUGUGAAUAUUGGGUCUAUUCUUCAAUUUGACUCCACCACUGGAGGUGUUGCCGCAGUUGCCAUCCAUACAGCCUUGGAAGAUAUCAACUCCGAUCCAACAGUUCUAAAUGGAACUACACUGAAGGUUCAAAUCAAGGAUGCAAAUUGCUUUGAUGGUUUCCUUGGCAUGGUUCAAGCUUUGCAGUUCAUGGAGACUGAUGUUAUUGCAAUCGUUGGCCCUCAGUGCUCCACAAUUUCUCAUAUCAUUUCAUAUGUAGCAAAUGAGCUUCGAGUCCCUUUGAUGUCCUUUGCUUCUGAUGCAACUCUUUCAUCGAUACAGUUCCCGUUCUUUGUCAGGACUGGUCCCAAUGACCUCUAUCAAAUGGCGGCUGUGGCAGAAGUUGUUGACUACAACCACUGGAAGAUAGUGACUGCCAUAUACAUUGAUAAUGUUUAUGGUAGAAAUGGCAUUGCUGCUUUGGAUGAUGCACUCACUUUAAAGCGCUGCAAAAUAUCCUACAAGAUUGGGUUUCCUUCCAACGCUAAAAGGAGUGACCUCAUAAAUUUGUUGGUUAGUGUCAGUUCUAUGGAGUCUCGUGUUAUCAUUCUCCAUACUGGAACUGAACCUGGACUCAAGCUUUUCUCUAUGGCACACCAACUGAACAUGAUGGGCAACGGAUAUGUGUGGAUUGCAACUGACUGGCUGUCCGCAUAUCUUGAUGCUAAUUCAUCAGUUCCUGCUGAGACUAUAUCUGGCCUGCAAGGUGUUCUUACUUUACGGCCACAUAUUCCCAACUCAAAGACGAAUAAUUUGGUCUCUAAAUGGAGCACGCAAAGUAAAAAGUACAACUACAGUGAUCUUCGUGUAAAUACUUAUGCUUUUUAUGUUUAUGAUAGUGUCUGGGCAGUAGCUCGUGCUCUGGAUGCCUUCUUUGAUGAUGGUGGUAGGAUUUCCUUUUCAAAUGACUUGCAUGAUGAAACUGGAGGAACUCUUCACCUUGAAGCAAUGAGCAUUUUUGACAUGGGAAAUAAAUUACUGGAGAAGAUUAGAAAGGUAAACUUCAGUGGGGUAUCUGGGCAAGUGCAAUUCGAUGCUGUAGGCAACCUCAUUCACCCUGCGUAUGACAUCAUAAAUGUCAUCGGAAAUGGCAUGCGGACCAUUGGUUUUUGGUCAAACUAUUCUGGCUUGUUGUCGACUGUCUCUCCAGAGGCUCUAUAUUCAAAGCCUCCUAAUACUUCUCUCGUCGAUCAGCAUCUCUAUGAUGUUAUUUGGCCUGGGGAGACUGCACAGAGGCCUCGAGGAUGGGUCUUUCCUUCUAAUGCCAAGCAAUUGAAAAUUGGUGUUCCCAACAGAUUUAGCUUCAAAGAGAUCGUCACGGUAGACAAUGCUACUGGGUCAAUGAAGGGCUAUUGCAUCGAUGUCUUUACUCAGGCAUUGGCUUUGCUUCCUUAUCCUGUUAGUUACAAGUUUGUACCUUUUGGGAAUGGUACUGAAAAUCCUAAUUAUGACAAACUCGUACAGAUGAUUGAAUCAAAUGAGUUUGAUGCAGCUAUAGGGGAUAUUGCAAUUACAAUGAGGCGGACAGUAACUUUUGAUUUCACGCAGCCAUUCAUUGAAACAGGCUUGGUUAUCUUGGCUCCGGUUAAAGAGCAUAUAACAUCAUCGUGGGCAUUCUUGCAGCCAUUUAGUUUGGAGAUGUGGUGUGUUACAGGGCUGUUCUUUCUUAUUGUGGGUGUGGUUAUUUGGGUUCUUGAACAUCGGAUCAAUGACGAUUUCCGUGGUUCAGUAUGUCAACAAAUAAUAACUAUUUUCUCGUUCAGCUUUUCGACUUUGUUCUUCGCACACAGAGAAAAUACGAUGAGUGCCUUAGGGCGUGGUGUCCUGAUCAUAUGGCUGUUUGUUGUUUUGAUAAUUGUAUCCAGCUAUACCGCGAGUCUUACUUCCAUCCUGACCGUGCAACAACUUGAUACUUCUAUAAAAGGAAUUGAUGACCUGAAAAAUAGCGAUGGUCCUAUUGGUUUCCAAGUUGGUUCUUUUGCACAAGACUACAUGGUCAAGGAGCUCAACAUCUCACGGUCAAGGCUAAGAGCUCUGGGUUCACCACAAGAAUACGCGGAUGCCCUCAAGAUAGGCCCUAAGGAAGGAGGUGUUAUGGCCAUUGUCGACGAGCGCCCCUAUGUUGAACUGUUUUUGUCAACCUACUGCAAAAUUGCGGUAGCUGGCACAGAUUUCACCAGCAGAGGAUGGGGCUUUGCAUUUCCAAGGGACUCCCCUUUGCAAGUAGACCUCUCCACCGCAAUCCUGUCUCUGUCAGAGAAUGGGGAGCUGCAGCGGAUCCAUGCCAAAUGGCUCAAUACAGGGGAGUGCGCAACUGAAAACAGUGAGUUUGUCGACUCGAACCAGCUCCGCCUUGAGAGCUUCCUUGGUCUGUUCCUAAUCUGUGGUGUGGCAUGUGUUCUCGCGCUGGUACUCUACUUUGGUAUCAUGCUAUGCAAAUACCUGAGGCAUGAACCGCGGAAGAGCCUCAGAAGAUUCAUCUCGUUCGUCCAUGGGAAGGAGCCGCUGAAGAACAAGGAGAGGCGGUCCAUGAGCCUGCCUGGAAGCUCGACGCCAACAACGCCGAUGAGCAGCCUUAGUUCCCUUGACAUGGAAAGGCCGGCCAGGCCAGUCAGAAACGGCAGCAUUAUUGAUAUGGAAAGCUAGGUCAUGUGUAGAAAGCUAGUUAACAAUGCGGUCGACUAACCUAGGUUCUGGUAGUCGGACAGCAGGGGUGUAUAGGGGGAUUCAAAAUACUUCUUAAGUACUCCCUCCGAUUCAAAUUAAUUGACGUUGACUUAGUACAAAGUUGUACUAAGUUGGCGUCAAAUAAUUUGGAUCGGAGGGAGUACUAAAGUUUAGAAAUAAGAGAAGGAAGGAUUAAUAAGAAAUAGAAAUAUUGAAAUGCUCAUCCUGUCCUACAUAUAUUGUUUUUACCUUUGCAUGACUGUAUUUUGGGGGAUACUGUGUCGGUUCAGUCUUGCCGUUUGGCAGCGUGGCCUGUUCAUGUGUUUGAUAGGACGUAGUAGUGUGUGGGUACUUCAGUUAGAAGGUAUGCAGCGGACCGAGUCUAUUGACCGUGUGGCGAUGCCUGUAGUUUGUAGCACUAAAUUUUGAUGCUCAUUCUAAACUAAUUUAGAUAAAAGCCGCACAAAAAAUGUGCUAGUUUUUUGUUGUUGUUGCUCACAUACUCUGUUUUGUCUCAGUUUUAGUCCAGGGCAACUUUGAAGCUUAUCUUAGGGUGGUAGCCAGAAAAAUGUGUUAGCACCUUGCACAGGAGAAAUAGUUAAAGACCUUAUUAAGAAGUGAAGAAGAAUAGACGUCUCCAGUUUUUGUUUCUCCAACUCUAUGCCUACACUGUAAACUAUUUAUGGAUUAGCUCCAGUUGAUGCAACUGUACUCUUUCCGGUAGGUCUGAGAUGCGACUGAGCAUCCUAAGCUAGCUACUUGUCUCCCUUAAGUUUUACAGCAAGACAAAUGCACUGGACUGCGAAGAGGAAAUUCCUGCAGGCAUAUUCAUCGCGCUUGUGUUUUGACGUGUCGCGGGUAACCAAGAGUCGUUCAGCAGGGCGUUUCUAGGAUACGCCACGGGUCUUACAGUAAAGCCUGCUCUGUUUUACAUCGUUUCUGGCACGUGACUGGUUUGGUCGCUGUUCACUCUCCGUGGAAUGGAGAAGUGAAAGCGGGCAACUACUGCAGUCGGAGUGGGAGGAAGAAGACGAAGGUCCCAACCGUCGGAGAAAAAGGU